CCGACCGGCAAGCUACUGACGAGCGGAGUUUGACGCCAGUGUCGAUGCAGCUGAACAUUGUCGGUUGAUUGCAAUACAGGACAUGUGCUACAAUCCAAGCACUCGUCCUAUGAUUCAAACGUAUCUAUAGAUUGGAAUAAGGUGCCGUCGGGGCUUCUGUCGGGAAAUUAUGGCGGCGGUGGCGCAGCAGGAAUUUAAUCUACAGAAAACAAUUGAGGCGUUGAGAGCAACACGCGAGCUCGAUGUUUGCCUUUCGGGUCUCAAGGCGCUCCGCGGGGCCAUCCAGCGGCCUGGCGGUGUGGGCUGGUCGGCGCUGGUGUCCUACCUCCGCGCCUCACCCGCCUGUGCCGAGCUGGUGGCGCUGUGGGAGGCUCAGAGCAGCAUCAAGGACGCAAAGGUGCUGCCGCAGCUGCUGCUGCUCAUGACCAACAUCCUGGCUGCCGAGUCACCACCACCAGCAGCGGCAGCAGCUGAGGCUGACGGAGUCAAGGAAGGCCCCUCCACCUCUGGACGUUCUGACCCACACACGAACCAGCGACGCGGCGGUGGCACCAGCGCUGCGGCCACCGCCGCAGCUGCAGGCCACGUGGGCUCGGACGCUCGGUCGGAGCGCGCCACCGUGUCCGCAGCCCAGUCGGCGAUUGUGGGUCAGGUGCUGAGCCCGCGGCGGCUCAAGUCGCUGUACCACUGCCUGGGGUCGGAGCACGCGGCGCUGUGCAACGCCGCUCUGGCGCUGCUGGCGGCGGUGGCGGCGCAGGGCGGCGCGGUGCGCGACCUGGUGGCGGCGUUUGACUGGUCGCUGCCGGCACUGACACGCAUAUGCAGGCCCUACAGGGAGCGCCCACUGGAUGACAAGCAGAAGGCGCAGCAGCAGCAGCAGCAGGUGGCGGCGGGCGGCAGCGCGCGCUCCGGCCCCUCCCGCCUGAGCACCGCCGCCUCCUGGCGCCACGCCAAUGUGCUGUCUCGCCCCCGCCGCGCCAUGUUCGUGGGCCUGGUGCGCGCGCUGCUGGCCGCCGCCGACCACGCCACUCUGGCCCGGCUGCUGCCUCUGCGGCCGCUGCUGGGCGGGCUGCUGCACCACCUGGCGGCCGACCCCCCCGCUGAGGCGCUGGACACACUGGCGGUGCUGGCCAGACGAGUGCUGGCGCCGCCGCCUGGGGCGCAGCAGGGUAGGGGCGGCCCCGGUGGUGGUGCCGGUGCCGGUGCUGGUGGCUUGCCGCCGCGGCUGCGUGCGGAGCCGUUCGGGGACUCCGCGCUGGCGGCUCUGGCGGACGUGGCGGGCAGCAGCGACGACCCAGUGGCGGGCGCGGGUGCUGAGCAGGCGGCGGAGGCGGCGGAGGAGGGGAAGGGGGAGGAGGAGGAGGGGGAGGAGGGCGCGCAGGCCGGGGGUGCGACGGUGACGGCGGCCACUGUGGCUGAGGCGGCACUGGAGGUGCUGGUCAUGUUGUGCACGGACCCGGCCAACGGCCUCGUCACACACGGGCCGGGUGGCGGCGCUGUUGCCGGCAGCAGCGGUGACGCAGGGGCCGCUGCCGCCGCCGACGCCGGGCUGGAUCCAGACGCGGGCCGGCAGCACGGCCCGGGCGUGAAGCGCGUGCUGCGGCUGUUCCCCCGGCUGCGGCCCCUGGAGCGGUCGCGACACGGCCGGCUGCUGGUGGAGGUGGCGGCGCGGCGGCCCUGGCUGGCGGCCGAGUUCGCCAGCUCCCUGCCCUACGACCUGCAGCCCAGGGUGGGCUCCAGGUGGGUGGCGGCAAUGACGCUGGCGGCGCGACUGACGGCGGCCGUGGCGGCGGCGCCGUCGCCGCUGGUGGCGCGUCUGGAGGCCGCCGCCGCCGCCGGGGCGCCGCCGCCCUCGUUUGACUCGCCGUUGGUCCGCGCGCACCUGCGCUGCUGCCUUCCACCUGCGCUGUCCAAAGCCGUGCUGUCCCGCGGCGUGCAGCACAGCCGCGAUGUGGUCCGCGCUCUCAGCCUGGACGCCCUGGCGGCAGUGGCCAGGGCGCUACAGCCGCUGACGGCGGCAGUAGCAGCCGGGCGGGCUGCUACUGCUGCUGCCGCCGCCGCUGCUGCCGCCGCUGGUGCUGGUGGCGAUGUGACGGCGGCUUCCUCAGCGGCGGUGGUGGUGGGCGCCUGGUCGGCAUUCCACCGGCGGCUGCGCGGCGCGCUGCGGUCCCGGCUGCCCGACCUGCAGACGCUGCUGGCGCUGCACACGGCUGUGGACAGGGAGCAGCAGGCGGCGGACGGCGCGGCGGCCGCGGCCGGUGGGCAGGACGGCCCCAAGUCCGCAAGCCACAAGUCGAAGGGGCCGGAGAAUCAGCGGCCGCGGCAAAAGAAGGAGGCCAAGGGCGAUGUGGACAUGGACAUGGACGUGGGGGCAGGAGCGCAGGCGCCUGAUGCGGAGGCUGACACGGAGGAUGAGGAGGGCGAGGACGGGGAGGAGGGCAGUGACGCGCAGGCGGUGCGGCAGGAGCUGCUGGCGGCGGUGUUUGGUGCGGAGGCGGCGGAGCAGCCGGCGGCGGUGCGGGGUGCGGUGCUGGUGCGGCUGCUGGGCGUGUGUGCGGACUAUGUGUUGCUGCUGCCGGACGCGGCGGCGGAGGCGAGGUUUGACCCAGUCAAGCUCAUACCCGCGGACGUGUUGGCCCUGGGCGAGCCCCACCAGCUGGCGCUGCUGCGGGUGCUGGGCGCGGCUGUAGCAGACGGGGACGGCGACGGCAGCAGCAGCUCUGCUGACGGGGUGGCAGCUGCAGCCGCCGCAGCCGCCGCUGCCUCGCUGGCUCCCCUCAGCUCGGCGCUGCUGCUGCCGCUGCUGCGGCUGCUCACACGCGCUGCCUCUCCCUCGGUCAGGUCUGCUGCAGCGGACAUCCUCAUUCGCCGGACUCGUGCCCUGGCCACUCCGUGCACCCCUGUGGCACCGCGGCCGCCUCCGGUGCUCGCAGCUGCAGAUCCAGCCGCCACCGCCGCAGCCGUGUCCACCGCGGCAGCCGUGUCGACAGCGGCAGUAGCGGGCUGGGAGGAGCUGGAGGUCCGCACGUGGCUGUGGCUACUGCCGAGUUCCGUGCCCAGGCCUGCGGGUGCUGAGGCUGAUUCAGCCGGCGCCAAAGCGGGGGAGGCGCAGGCCGAGCCGCAGGCGCAGGCGGCAGUCGCCCCCGCAACCCACCGGGCGUGUGAGGCGGCGUGUGCCUUCCUGGCUGACGUGCUGGUGGGCGCCAGCCGCCGCCCGCAGGACGGCUACGAGCUGACUCAGGGCUGGCUACAGCCGCGACCUGCUGCCGCUACUGCCGCUGCAGACACAGCCGCAGCAGCCGCACCUUCGGCAGUAGCAGGCAGCACAUUCAGCGCGCUGCCAGCCCUGGCGCUGCGCAACUGCCUGCGCCUGCUGCGCUCCACACGAGCUGGCGGCGAGGCGGACCGCGCGGCUGUAGCUGCCUACGUGGCGCGUGUGCUACACCUGCUGCUGCAGCUGCAGGCCGAUCCCGCUGUGCUGGCGCGCGUCAUCGAGCGCGCGCUGGCGGCUGAGGCUGCUACUGCCGCCGCUGCUGCCACGGAGGGCGCUACAGCGGCUGCGGAUGGGGCGGCGGGCGCGGGCGGCAAGAGGCCCAAGAAGGCAGAGCCCAACGCUGCAACGGCGGGUGGAGGCGCCGGUAGCUCUGAUGAGGCCGCUGCUGUCCUGACCCUGCCGGCUGAGGGCGGGCCGGUGCGGUCGCUGUAUGAGUGGGCGGUGCAGUGCUGUGCUGCCCACCGCGCCUUCGCGCACGCAGCAGGGACGGCAGCAUCAUCACCUGCAGAGGGCGCUGGUGCAGCUGCAGGGGCACAGCCACCCGCCAAGAAGCGGCGGCAGUCGGCGCCCGCGGCUGUGGGCGAGGUGGGCGGCGGUGAUGGGGCCGCUGCGGGGGCUGUGGGGCGGCUGCAGGUCCGUGUGGCGGAGGCGGCUGGCGAGCCAGCGGGGGCGGCAGCGCGGGAGGAGCUCAAGUCCCACAUCAAGACGCUGGUCAAGGCAGCCAGGAAGGCGGCAAAGCGCAACGCAGCGAGCGGCGGCGGCCACAGCCCGGCAGCUGAGAGCCUGGGAGCGGUCCGGUCAGAGGCCGCGAGCGCUGCGCUGGACGGCGCCGCAGCCGCAGCGGCGGAACUGCUGCUGCGGCAUUGCAGUGGGCCGAAGGAGGCGGCUCAGGCGGCAGCGUGGGCGCUGCAACAGGCGGCGCGGCGGCUGACGGAAGGCGCCGCCGAAAGCCCCCAGCACAGGAGUGCCCCCGAGGCCGCCGCCGCCGCUGCUGCAGCCAGGGAGGUGGUGGUGGCGCAGCUGUGGACGUGGGCGCUGGCCAAGCCGUUGCUGUCGCACUGUGCCGGGCCCGCGGAGGUGGUGGCGGCUGCGGCUGAGGACGAGCAGGAGGGCGAGCACGCUGCUGCUACGGCCGCGGUGGCGCUGCUGCCGCCCCUGCACACCCUGACUGCUACUGCCGGUCCUUGGGACAGUCAGCUUGUUCAGGCGCUGGUGCUGCAAGUUGAGUUUAGGGCGGCGCGGCCCCUGCGCAAGGCUGCAGCGGCUGCCGCUGCCGCUGCGACCUCAGCAGCUGCGGUUGCUCCAGCGGCGCUGCUGGCGGCGGCGCGGAGUACGGCGUUCUGGUUGCCGCUGCUGCCAGACGCCGGCGCCGCGGCUGCGGUGUUCCGGGGGCUGCUGCGGCCACUGCUGCCGCGGGUACCGGCGUCGUCAGCAGCUCCGCAUCACACUCUUCACGCACCAGCCGGCGACGCUGCUGGCAGCACUGCGGUUGCGCCUGCACGCGCGGCCGGUGCGCUGUGCCACGUGCUGGGAUCGCCGCUGCUGGCACUGGCGCUGGCGCCCUCCUCCUCCCACUCCUCUUUGCCCUCCCCCCUGUCCACGAGGGCCUCGAAGCUGACGGCGGCGGUGCGGCAGCAGGCGGUGGCGCUACUGGCGGAGGCGGCGCCGCGGUCCGCCGGCGCCAGCGCGGUGUGGGCGGCGCUGUCUGCCGUGUGCCGGCUGCAUGUGGAGGCCGCGGCCGCUGCACUGCUGGCAAUGCUGCAGGGGGUAGGCACUGGGGCAGCUGGAGAGGCAGCGGUGGAGGCGACUGCCGCGGAGGUCGAGGCGCUCACGCCACUGCUGAGGUGCGCGGCGGUCGCCACUUCCGGGGCGCUGCUGCCGCUGGUGGAGCGCCUUCUCGCGGUGGUGUCAGGCGGCCCUGAGGCCCACGGCGCUGAGGCUCCAGGCUGCGGCAACGGCAACGGCAACGGCGCGGCCGCAGAGGCGCCCCACUCUGACAGGAAGCGCAAGAAGGACGGCAGGCAGGCGGGCGCAGGGGCGGGGCCGGCAGCAAGCGUGGGCGCUGACGCGGGCGGCGUGGCGCGGGCGGCGCUGCUGGUGCCGGCCCUGCAGCUCGCGGCCGCACUGCUGGGCGGCCCGAGUGGAGGUGCUGGGGGUGCUGGGGGUGCUGAGGGUGGAGGUGUGGGCGGUGUGGGCGGUGUGGGCAGUGGUGCUGCGGCUGUCGGCUCGGGGCAGGUGGCGACAGACCGGGAGCGGCUGGCACGUGUGUUUGAUGCGGUGCAGCAAGUGCUCACGUCGGCAGCAGCAGCAGCAGCAGCAGCAGCAGGACAGCAGGAGGUUGGGGACAUAGGCAGGCUGGGGCCGGCUGCUGCAUCGGUGGAGGCGGCGGCCGCAGCAGCGCUGGCCGCUGGCCUGCGUGGGCCCGCGGCGCCCAGCCUGGCGUGCGGCCUGAGUGCGGCGGCGCUGACGGCGUGUGUGGGCCUGGCGGCGGAGAGCGCCGAUGCGGCUGCAGCCGUGGCGGCGGCGCUGGCACUCGGCCGACCGGCGCUGCACAGCGCAUUUGCGGCGGCGCUGCCGGGCGCUGUGGCGGCAGCGGAGCAGCGGCGGCCGGGUCUGGGCCGGCGCACGGCUCUGGCGCGUCUGCUGCCAGCGGCAGAGGUGUAUGCCGGCCUGGCGCUGGCGGCUGGGACUGCCGCCGUUGCUGGUGGCGGCAGUAGCAAAGCGGCGGCUGGCGCUACUGCCGGUGGGGCUGACGCUGUGUUGGUGCUGUUCCGAGAUGCGCUGCUGGCGUACGCCACACGGAAGCGGCGGAAGGACGCCGCUGCUGCUAAUGCCGCAGCAGCAGACGAUGGCAGUAGCAAUCGCCGGAAGAGCAAAGGCAGCGCGGCUGCUGAAGCGGCUGGCGAGGAGGGAAUGCCGGCGGAUGCAGUCGGGCAGCUGCGAGGCGGCGCGAUGCGGCUGCUGGCGGCGCUGUUGCUGAACGGCAGUAGCAGCAGUAGCAGCGCCAAUGGUGACAUGGACUGCCACGGGCCGCAGGCGCUGCUGCGGCGCACGCUGCCCAAGCUACUGCCGCACCCACCCGGCGCGCACUACCCCAUGGAGCCCGACCCGCCGGGUCAGCCGCCACUGGCCGGUGCGCCCGAGCAGCUUCAGCUGGCGCAGGCACUACUGCGGGCCGGUGUGGGUGCGGCCGCUGCCGGCGCCGGGGCGGUGGGCUGUGCGGCUGACCUGGAGGCGGUGGGGUCGGUGCUGGGCGGCGCGGCGGCCACACUUGCGGCGCUGUACGAGCGCGGCGUGCUGCCGUCGGGGCACGGCACAGGCGCAGCGGCAGCGGCAAUGGCGGGAAGCAGCGACGGCGACGGAGAUGGAGACGCUGGCAUUGCAGGCUACAGGCGCCGGCUGCUGACCGCCUGCCUGGCGUGUGUGGACGGCUGCCUGGGUGACCUGCUGGCUGACACCCCCGACCACCUCCGCCGCACACCCGCCUUCGCCGCCGUGUGCGCCGCCGUACAGCCGCUGGCGGCGGCCACGGUACGGCACGCCGCGGCCGACCCGGCGGCGCUCAGGUGCCUGCGGCGGCUGCUGGCGGCGCUGCUGCCGCUGGCGGCCGCGCCGGAGGAGGAGGCGGAGGGUGGGGACGAGGGCAGUGAGAGCGACGGUGGCGAGGAAGAGGGCGGGCAUGAGGCGGCAGGGGAGGAGAUGGAGCUGAGCGGCUCCGAGGAGGAGGGGGAGGAGGGUGAAGAGGAGGAGAAGGGUGAAGAGGAGGAGGAGGAGGAGGAGGGGGAGGAGGGUGAAGAGGAGGAGGAAGACGGCACGGAGGCUGACGAGGAGGCGCAUGAGCUCCGCGGCGCCCAGCACGCCACUGGCGCUGGUGAGGCCGAGGGCGAGGUGGAGGACGAGGGUUGGGACGAGGGCGAGGAGCUACUGGCCGAGGUGGCGGGCGCAGACGACGUUGAGGAGCAAGAGGAGGAAGACGCGGGCGAGGCGGAGGUUGUGGAGGUGGAGGUGGUCGCUCCAGCCGCCGCCGAGACGGAGGCCGCCGCGCCGCUGCAGCUGUCGUACGGUAUCGUGCCGAACCCGGGGGCCGCCGCUGCUGCGGGCGCGAUGCUGGAGGCCCUGGUCACCAGCCGCCACCUGCUAGCCACCUUCUCAAACGCGGCUGCUGCCGGCGGCGGCGCCUCGAUCAACGCAUCCGGGUCCGAGGCGGCGGCGCUGCCGGCGGCCCUGGAGCGGCUGCCGCUGCCGCUGGUGUCGCUGCUGCCGCUGGGUGAGCUGCAGGACACAGCGGCAGCGGCGGCAACCGCCUCGCCGCCCACAUCCCCUGACGCCGCCGCCGCUGUACGGGAGGCUGUACGGCUGGAGACGGCCACACUUCUGGAGACGCUGCUGGACAUGCGGCUGUCGUAUGACUGGUACGACGAGUACGGCAUGAGGCACCCCCAGGCAGCGCACUCGGGAGAGGGCAUGGAGCAGGAAGACGCCGCUGAUGAGGCGGCGGCGGCGGCGGCGGCGGGGCCGUUCGGGCGGUCGGGGUCGGGGGAGCGGCGGGUGCUGGGGGCUCUGGCUGUGCUGCUGCAGUGCGGCUACGGCGGCGGACUGGCGGGCGGCGACCGCGCGGUGCUGCGGGUACUGCUGCGGCUGGACGAGCUGGCGGCGCUGGCGGAGGCGGCGGAGGCGGACGUGGCGGCGGCGGCGGCGGCUGGUGGCGGCGACGUCGAUAUGGACAACAUGGACGCCACCGCCCAGGGCGGCUACGUGGCCGCCUACGUGCAGUCCAGUGCGGCGGCCCGGCGGCUGGCGGGGCCACUGGCGCGGUCGGGCUUCCUGUGGGGCGCCGCCGCGAGCUACUACCACCAGCGCCUGCAGCAGGCAGCCGGCGGUGCGGGGGCUGGCGACGCGGGGCCUGGCGGUGCGGGGCCUGGCGAUGCGGCGGCGCGGGAGCUGCAGGCGCGCGCGUUGGCGGAGGCCGCGGCGCCCGAGCCGCGUGCGCUGGGUAUGGCCUGCGUCCGCUUCCCUGUUGGCCGCACCCUGGCCGCUGAUGAAGACGACCCCUGGUCACUGGCGUCAGCGCCACCAGCGUCAUCAACCUGGUCGGCGCCGGGCGCGGUGGAUGGCAGCGGCGAGGCGGGUUCGGCGCUGGCGGCCGCGGGCGCCGACCCCGCCUGGCUGCUGCCCUUUGGCGUGUGCUGCCUGCGCGCCGGCACCGGCACCGUGCAGGACCUGGCGGGCUGGGGCGUGCUGGCGCUGGCCCUGCGCUGCCUGGCCGCAGCCGACCUGGGCCUGAGGGCACUGGCCUACGAGCUGCUGGCGGCGGCGGCGGCGCAGCUGGAUGGACUCACGGCGGCGGCGGCGGCGGCGGCCGGCACCGGGAAAGGAGCGGGCUCGGCGGCGGCGGGCGCUGGAGCGGGUGUGGCCGUGGUGGUUACGCCCGCGGCUCGUGCGGUGACAGACUUCCGUCAGCGGCCGCAGUUGCAGGCUCUGCUGGCGCACGUGCGCAACUGCGUGACUGCGCCGCUGCAGCAGCUGCCGCACACGUCGGCGCUGUUCGCGGCGGAGGCGGCCACAGUCAUGCAGCAGCCGCAGGCUCCGCUGUACAAGCCGCUCACACGACUUGUAGGCCGCCGCCCCGCACUCGAUCUGACUGCGCCGCCGCUGUUUGGCCGCGUGCUGGCGGCUGGGCAGCCGGGGCAGCGGCAGGAGGCGGUGUGGGCGCUGCAGCUGCUGCGCUGGUCUGUGCUGGGCCCCCUGGACGCUACCCUGUGCCGGCGCAAGUUUGUGGCGGAGGUGGUCAUGGCGCUGGCUGGCUCGCGGGCGGCGGCCGUGGACGGAGCCGGAGGAGGCGGAGGCGGUGGCGGGGCUGCGGCCGAGGACGGCGGGGUGUCGGGGCCCGCGGCGGCGGCUGCCUCGGCGCCGCUGUCGCUGUGCGUGGUGGCGGCUCUGGCGCAGCAGCCGUCCCUGGGUCGACACCUGGUCCUGCACGGAGGCCUGGUGUCGUGGCUGGCGGGUCUGGUGGUGGAUACGGCGGCAGACCCCUACACCACCUCCUCCACAGCGGCUGGAGCGGCACACGGCAGGCACUCCGGCACGCCCGCAGCGGCCUCGGCCCCGGCCGCAGCCACGCCGGCGCUCCCUGCCACCGCCCAUCAGGCCAUGUCGGCGCUGGAGGGCCUGGUGCGCCGCCGCGUGUGCCUCCGCCGCGGCGACGGCGACGGCGCGGUCCUGACCUACAUCACGGCGGUGGCGCGCAUUGCGGCGGCGGCGGCGGCGGCGGCGGGCGCCGGUCACACCGGCCUGGCGGCGCGCGUGUGCCGGCUGGCGGCGGCGCUGGCCGCGGUCCUGCCGACGUGGCGCGCGGCGCCGCUGUGGCAGGUGGCCCUGCCGCCUGCAGUGCUGAUGCGGCUGUUGCAUGUGAUGGCGGGGACUCAGCAGGGCGGGCCAGCGGCGCCGGGCUUAAUUGACUGGCUGCAGGCGGUCCUGGCGUCCAGCUACGUGCCUCCCCCGCCGGUGCUGCCGCCCGCUCCCGGUGCGCUGAAUGCUGUUCACGGCGGCGCCGCAGCGGCUGGCAGUGGCUUCGCCUCCUCGUUGCAGCAGCUCGCACACUCGGCGCUCCACACCACGCUGGCUCUGACGCGGCACUCCUUGGCUGGCACCAGCACCAGCACCAGCACCCCGGCAGCUAGUGGCAGCGGCGCGGACUGCCACAUUCUACCGCCGUCGUCUGCGAGUGCCCUGGCCGGCGCUUGCCUCUCGUGGUUGGCAUCUCUAGCUGCCAGCGGCCAUAUGCUACUGCCGACAGCGCCCGCGUCAACGUCUGCUACAGCCAUCGCGGCGGCGACGGCACAGCUGCGGGCGCUGUCGGAGGCUGUAGCCGAGCUGACGGCCGUGGCGGCCAGUGGCGGCAGCAGUGCUGCAGGGGGCUGCGGCGCUAGCAGGUUGUGGCUGGUGCAGCGCGCGGGUGCGGAGUGCCAGCGGGGUCUGCGCGCCGCAGCUGCACGGUGGCGCCGAGAUGGCAGGCGGGCGACGGGCACAACGGCAGCUGCGGCAGUGCCGGCAGCGGCUUUGGUGUGUGUCAGCGCGUGCGAGGAGCGUCUGGCACUCGUGGACCAGGCGCAGGAGCAGGCGCACCCCACAGCCAGCAGGCCACCUGCAUCGCCAACCGCUGCCGCCGGCGUGGGGGCGGCGGUAGCGGCGGGGUCGGCCUGGCUGCGGGCGGCUGCGGCCGCACUGGCGGAGUCCGGCCUGGUGGUGGGGCGGGCCGGCCGCGGCGGCUGGGCGGACAUAGCGGCGGCACUGCGGGAUGCCAGCACCCCGCCCGCAACCCUAUGAUUCUGGAUUGGAGGACGGGUGGUGGUGGUGGGGACUUAGUGUAGGGUGUUGGCCUGGUUUGAAUGGAGGGUGGUGGCGAACAGUACCGUGGCUGAUACACUGUGGAGAGGGGAUAUGCCCGGGCCCAACCGUUCCUAGUGAGUGAGAAACAUGAAGAUGGGAAGGGUCCAUAUGAUUUUGCACUAAGGAUGUCCCUUCCAUGUGAUUUUGCACUAAGGAUGUCCCUUCUCCACCUCAUGUCGCAAACGUGCAGCACCCGGGUCGGGCCACUCUGCGUACCAGUAGUGAUGCGCAUGUAACAUGUGCCGAUUGGAGUCUGUGACAAGUCUGGUUGCGGUGUGUGGGGAUUCCGACCACGCCGUCCAGCCUAGUCCGUGAUGUGAGGAGCUGUUGGUAGCCCUCUUACACCGGUCCGGUUAUCGCCUGUUCUAGGCGGACAUUGCUGCUCCGUAUGGGAAGGCAACGAAUGCGAGAGAGCUUCGGAUGCCGCCGGUCGGACAUUGCCAGUCAUCCGCUGGCAAGGGUGGGCUGUGAAGUCACUGUGGCAAGAGGCCUGAGUUGGGGGCGGUCAGGCUCACCUCGCUUCAACGCGCUGCAGCCGUGUGGUGCGGGCAUAUUGAUUCACUGAAUGGCCUGGAAUGGCCAUUCAGUCGGCUUGUGGAUGGUGAUGAGAUGAGCAUACAGUCACGAACGAGGUUGGUGAACCGGGUUGCAGAUUGUUGAGGUGGGGCCGCGAACUGAAACUCUGAAGCC